AUGACCGAAACUAGGCCCACUAGUCUUGUCGUAGACAUACAUACGCACGUCUACCCACCUUCAUACAUUGCCCUCCUCAAAUCUCGAUCUAGCAUUCCGUAUAUACGUUCUUUCCCCCCCUCAUCUUCACUCCGUCUCGUCAUCCUUCCCGCCGAGGACACGGAGAGCACUUCCAGAGGCCGACCAGUCGGGCCAGAGUACUACGACAUUACCAGGAAGAUAGCGUUUAUGGAUACGCAUUCAAUUGACAUCUCUGUUAUAUCGCUCGCAAAUCCCUGGCUCGACUGGGUUCCAGCUGGAGAAGCUGCGAAAGUCGCAGAAAAUAUCAACAAUGAAAUCAACGAAGAAUGCGGGAAAUUUCCAGGGCGAUUGUUUGCGUUUGCCACGUUGCCGUUGAGUGGGGGUAAAAACGUCAUUCUCAAGGAGAUUGAGAGGUUGAAGGGGUUGAUAUACAUUAGGGGUAUUAUAUUGGGAACUACGGGAUUGGGAAAGGGCCUCGAUGACCCAGAGUUAUUGCCGAUAUUCCAGGCAUUGCAAGAUGAAAAACUGCCAGUAUUCCUACACCCGCACUACGGAUUACCUAGUUCUGUAUGGGGAGAGCGGGCAAAUGAUUAUGGCCAUGUGUUGCCACUCGCCUUGGGAUUCCCACUAGAAACAACGAUUGCCGUGACGAGAAUGAUUUUAUCAGGCGUAUUCGAGAAAGUCUCGGGCUUGCAAAUGAUACUCGCACACUCCGGUGGUACGCUUCCAUUCUUAGCGGGGAGGAUCGAGAGCUGUAUAGUGCACGAUGCGCAUCUCAUGACCGAGGGGAAGCUGACGAAAGAUCGGAAAACUAUAUGGGAGAUACUAAAAAACAAUAUCUAUCUAGAUGCGGUGGUAUAUAGUGAGAUUGGGUUGAAAGCUGCCAUUCAAGCUAGUGGGGAAGAUAGAAUUAUGUUUGGUACGGAUCAUCCAUUUUUCCCACCGCUGGAGGGGGAAACUGAAAAAUGGGCUAGUGUGGAGACGAAUUAUGAAGCUAUCCAAGGGGCAUUAGGAAGUCACAAUGACAAAGCUAGCGGAGCUUUGGGUGAGAAUGCUGUGAGGGUGUUGCAUUUGACGAUAUGA